AUGGUAAAAAUCGACCCUAAUCAAAACCCUAAAGAAACCACCCAAACUAAUAAUGGUGGUUCUGACCCUCAAACCAACCAACCCAAUAAUCAAACCCAGUCUAAACCAAACUCAGGACUCUUAACCAUUAUUGGUCAACUCUUACCUUUAGCCCCGUUUGCUUUUGAACAAUUUACCGGUCAAAAAGUCCCGCAAAUGACUGGCACCAUUGCCGAAAUGCAAAUGGCUUUAAUUCAGAUUCA